UAUAAAGUCUCCCCUCCCCCUCCACUCCUGCCCAUCUCUCUCUCUCUCGAGCUAAAAUCUCCAAAACUACGUAUUUUCCUCUCACUCUCACACAACCUUGAUAUUCAUUCAUUCUCCUCGUUGCGGUCUUCCUCCUCGAAGGUUGCUGUUGGAUUGCUUUCCAUGGCGUCUUUGAUCUCCUACUUAAAAUUUGAAGAAGAGUCGAAGCGGAAGAAGCUGUGGAAAACCGGGUACGAGCUGAGAGAUCCGAAUUCGAGAUCCGAAACCAGCUGGAGAUCCGAAUCUGAGCAGAGGAUCUACUCCACCAAGCUUGUCGAUGCUCUCCGGCUUGUCCGCCGGAAUCCCUCGACAGCGGAUAAGGUAUCCAGCUUCCGUGAAAUACGGGAAGCUGCGGACCGGGUCCUGGCCGUCGCUGCCAAGGGUAGGACUCGGUGGAGCCGGGCGAUUCUGGCUAGCCAACUCAGGUUGAGACUCGCCAACAACAUGAAGCAUAAGAGGGCGAAGGUGACCGGCUGUAGCCGGCCGAAGAGGCUGGAGAAGAAGAGAUUUUCACCGACUCUGCAAAGAAAAGCAGGGCUUCUGAGCCGUUUGGUUCCCGGUUGCCGGAAGGUCUCAUUCCCGAACCUUCUGGAAGAAGCCACCGAUUACAUUGCAGCUUUGGAGAUGCAGGUCCGAGCCAUGACUGCUCUGACCGAGCUCGUCACCGGUCCACCGGUCGAUCGGCUCGGCUCGACCUCCAACUCGUAAGACCUUGGCUUUACAUAGGCCAGGUGUUCUUUUUUGAAUUUUUUUCCCAUUUAAAUAUUGUUUUAUGGAUUAAUAUAGUCAUGUAUUUUACAGUGUA